AUGGAAAGCAAUCGUCCAGCAUUUGAGGAAUCUUUUAAUGAAGUAUUGAUUCAAGUUGAUUUAUUUGCACAUUCGGGUACUGAUGAACAUCAAGCUACUGUAAAAAAACUUUAUUUUAGUCUAUUGGGUAAUGAAGAAGAAUCUGAUCGUUAUGAAUUAAAUAUUGCAGUCAAAGAUUAUUCAUUGAUGCAUGAAGAUUGUAUAAUUGCAUUGUAUAAUAUAAAAUUAACCCAAUUUUAUGAACAAGAUUCAUGA